CUCCUCCUCUUCGCCACCGCCGCCGCCUUAGGCAGGUCCCGAGGGACCCCGGAGUCCGGAGCUCCCCGCCGGAGGGGCCGAGGGGGCCUCCGCCCCGGGAUGUCGCCGCCCCGCGCCUUCCCGGAGCCCGAGUAUUCGGCCGAGUACUCGGUCAGCCUGCCCUCCGACGCGGAGCGGGCCGGGGCCGGGGCCGGGGCCGGGGCCGGGGCCGGGGCCGGGGCCGCCGGCUCCGCCCGGCCCCACGAGGUCACCGCCCGCGGCUCGGGCCCCUGCCGCUGCCUGCCGCGCUUCCUGCGGCUCACCUUCGUCCCCGCCUCCCUGGAGCACCUCUACCAGACCUACUUCAAGCGGCAGCGCCACGAGACCCUGCUGGUGCUGGGCAUCUUCGCCGUCCUCUUCGACUGCUUCGUCCUGGUCACGUGCGCCGCGGUCUUCUCCCCCGACAAGGUGGCCCCCAUCGCCGUGGCGGGCGGGGGGCUGCUGCUGGCCGCCUUGCUGCUGGGCCUGUGCCGGCGGGGGCUCCGCGGCGCCGGCGGCGCCCGCCGGGCCGUCCCCUACCUGCUGUGGCUGCUCAUCGUCGCCCAGAUAUUCUGCUACCUGGGCCUCGCCUUCUUCCGCGCCCAGGCGGCCAGCGACACGGUGGGCUGGCUGGCUUUCUUCGUCUUCUCCUCCUUCAUCACGCUGCCCCUUGGGCUGACGCCCCUGCUGCUGGUCUCCGGGGCCUCCUGCGCCGUCCACACCUUGGUCCUGGGUGUCACCGUCGCGCAGCGGCGGCGAGAGCGGCUGGACUGGGCCUACCUGCUGAGAGAGGUCCUGGCCAAUGUGGUCGUCUACCUCUGCGCCAUCGCCCUGGGCAUCAUGUCCUACUACAUGGCUGACCGCAAGCACCGCAAGGCCUUUCUGGAGGCUCGCCAGUCCCUCGAGGUCAAGAUCAACCUGGAGGAACAGGGGCAACAGCAGGAAAGCCUGAUGCUGUCCAUCCUGCCCAAGCACGUGGCAGACGAGAUGCUGAAGGACAUGAAGAGGGAUAAGACGCAGCAGGAGCUGCAGCAGUUCAACACCAUGUACAUGUACCGACACGAGAACGUCAGCAUCCUGUUUGCGGACAUCGUGGGCUUCACGCAGCUGUCUUCCACCUGCAGCGCCCAGGAACUGGUCAAGCUGCUCAAUGAGUUGUUUGCCCGUUUCGAUAAGCUGGCGGCCAAAUACCACCAGCUGCGGAUCAAGAUCUUGGGCGAUUGUUACUAUUGCAUCUGUGGGCUCCCAGACUACCGAGAGGACCACGCCGUCUGCUCCAUCCUCAUGGGGCUCGCCAUGGUGGACGCUAUCUCGUAUGUGCGGGAGAAGACGCAGACCGGGGUGGACAUGCGAGUCGGGGUGCACACGGGCACGGUGCUGGGCGGCGUGCUGGGGCAGAAACGCUGGCAGUACGACGUCUGGUCCACAGACGUUACCGUCGCCAACAAGAUGGAAGCCGGGGGCAUCCCGGGGCGGGUACACAUCUCCCAGAGCACCCUGGACUGCCUGAAGGGAGAGUUCGAGGUGGAGCCGGGCAACGGGGGCAGCCGGUGCGACUAUCUGGAGGAUAAGGGGAUCGUCACCUACCUCAUCUGCGCGUCCGGGCCCGCCCAGCUGCAGGCCAGGAGCGGCGUCAACGGUGUGAAUGUAGCGCUGCCAUCCUCGCUGCCCAGCUCCCCGGCCCCGUUCGACGCCACGGAAGCCAAGGAGCAGAACGGGAACGUCAACACCACCUGUUCCAGCCCCCAGAAGCGGGAGGAGCUAGAUGCCCAAGUGGUUAAGCCUUCCUUCCCCAAUCCCCGUCGGCGCCUGCGCCUGCGAGACUUGGCCGAGAGGGUGGUCGACGCCUCAGAGGACGAAAACGAGCUUAAUCAGCUGCUCAACGAUGCUCUCCUGGAGCGGGAGUUGGCACAGGGGGCAAAGGACAGGACCACCUUCCUGCUGUCCAUGCGCUUCAUGGAUCCGGAGCUGGAGACCCGCUACUCUGUGGAGAAAGAGAAGCAGAGUGGGGCUGCGUUCAGCUGCUCCUGCGUGGUUCUCCUCUGCACGGCCCUCAUCUGGGCCCUCCUGGACCCUGGGCUGAUGGCCAAUUACGUGACCUUCGUGGUGGGGGAGGGCCUCCUGCUGAUCCUGACCGUGUGUUCCCUGGCGUCCAUCUUCCCCCGGGUGUUCUCCAAGAAGCUGGUGGCCUUCUCCACCUGGAUCGACAGGACACGCUGGGCCAGGAACACUUGGGCCGUGGCGGCCAUCAUCAUCCUCAUCAUGGCCGACCUCGUGGACAUGCUCAGCUGCCUGCACUGCUCCGGGGAUCCCGGCAACUGGACGGCGGCAGGCGGCUGUGCCGCCAACCCCAAAUACUCCAGCUACGUCGCCAUCCUGACCCUGAUCGCCAUCGUCAUGCUGGUGCAGGUCAGCCACAUGGUCAAGCUCACCCUCAUGCUGCUGCUCUUGGGGGGCGUGGGCGUGGUCAACAUCUACGCCUGGCACCCCGCCUUCGACCAGUACGACCGCCAGCAAUUCCAGGAGCACGACAGCUCGCCCCACCUCGUCAGCCCGGAGAAUCGGGUGCCGUUUCCCGACCUGCUCAACGGCACCAGCAGCCUGCCCCUGGUCCCUUCCAAGUACUCGAUGACAGCGAUGCUCUUCGUCAUGAUGCUGAGUUUUUACUAUUUCUCUCGCCAUGUGGAGAAGCUGGCGCGGACGCUGUUCCUGUGGAAGAUGGAGGUGCACGACCAGAAGGAGCGCGUCUACGAGAUGCGGCGCUGGAACGAGGCCCUGGUCACCAACAUGCUGCCGGAGCACGUGGCCCGCCACUUCCUGGGCUCCAAGAAGAGGGAUGAGGAAUUGUACAGUCAGACCUACGACGAGAUUGGGGUCAUGUUCGCUUCGCUGCCCAACUUCGCCGACUUCUACACGGAGGAGAGCAUCAACAACGGCGGCAUCGAGUGCCUGCGCUUCCUCAAUGAGAUCAUCUCUGACUUUGACUCCCUCCUAGACAACCCCCAGUUCCGGAUCAUCACCAAGAUCAAGACCAUCGGCAGCACCUACAUGGCCGCAUCCGGGGUCACCCCAGAGGCCAACACCAAUGGCUUUACCAGCGCCAGCAAGGAGGACCAGUCGGACAAGGAGCGCUGGCAGCACCUGGCCGACCUGGCCGACUUUGCCCUGGCCAUGAAGGACACGCUGACCAACAUCAACAACCAGUCUUUCAACAACUUCAUGCUGAGAAUUGGUAUGAACAAAGGCGGGGUUCUGGCGGGGGUCAUCGGCGCCCGCAAGCCCCACUACGAUAUCUGGGGGAACACGGUUAAUGUGGCCAGCAGGAUGGAGUCCACCGGGGUCAUGGGCAACAUCCAGGUGGUGGAGGAGACGCAGGACAUCCUCCGGACGUACGGCUUCCGCUUUGUGCGACGCGGUCGCGUCUUCGUCAAGGGCAAAGGGGAGCUGCUGACCUUCUUCCUCAAGGGGCGGGAGAAGGUGGCCCCUUUCCCCAACGGCAGCUCCUCCGUCACCCUGCCGCACCAGGUGGUCGACUGCUCCUGAAGGCACCGCGCCCCACGCUCACGCCCCCACGCUCUGCACCAAGGAGCUGAGACCAAGUCUCGUGCUGCUGUUGCCGCUGCCGUCGCCUCUUAGUUGCAGCUGCCCCCCUCUCCUCUCCCCGCCCCACCCACCCCCUUUCCUGGAGGAGGGAGCUGGAGGCUGCCACUCGCCCAACCCCCGCCUGCCCUCUCGCCCCAGGGCGGUGUGGCGCGGGGCAGCCGGGGAAGGACGCGGGGCAGCUCUAUCUGCUGCCGGACCGGGUCAGGCCGAGCCUGUGGUCCCCGCAGUCGGCAUGUGGGAAGGCCGGGGACCGUGGGGGUCGGCUGGCUGCCGGGGCUCGGGCCCGGCCCGGCUCCCACCGGCCGACGCAGGAGGAGAGCGCGUGUGCAAUACUUCCUUUCACUUGGAGAAAAAAUAACUGUGUAUUUCAAGAAAAAAAUAUAUUCUAUCUACAAACA